GUGGACGAAUGUUGUUAACAACGACGCGCAGUCUAUUGUCGGAACGUUUAAUAAAACUUUUCCUUGUUAACAUUGUUUGAUUACACGCGCGUACAGUCGAACAACAGCGACGAGUGCGACAAACGACGUUUGGCAUUUGUUUUGUUCGAGGUCCUCGCAUCACUUUAUUGUUUCUAACCUAAAAGCUCGAGAUGGCUGAGUCGGAGCAAGAUUUCGGUGAUCGUAGCGAUAACGAUAAUCUAAAGCCGGACAAGCUGUUUAUUGUGAAAAAAUGGAACGCUGUGGCCAUGUGGAGCUGGGACGUAGAGUGUGACACUUGUGCGAUUUGCCGAGUUCAAGUAAUGGACGCUUGUCUUCGGUGCCAAGCUGAGAGCAAGAACGACUUCUAUGGCCGACAGCAAGACUGCGUGGUCGUCUGGGGAGAGUGCAACCACUCGUUUCACUACUGUUGCAUGUCCCUUUGGGUGAAGCAGAACAAUCGUUGCCCACUGUGUCAACAAGAGUGGUCCAUUCAACGAAUGGGAAAAUAACCGAACCAUGGAGGCGAAACGCUAAACAGCUUUCCCCGUCCUCUGCGCCAAUUCUCCUCAAACGAUUCUUUCUUAUCCUCGACCUCGUCUUUGCUUCCAGGCGCUCGAAAUUCUUGGAAUUUUCGUCGCGGUCGAACAAUCGUUUCAUUUAUCGCGAUCGAUCGCCGGCAACGACUGCUCGGCUACCGAUUUCUUGCGCGACGGCUUCGCGUGAAACUUACCGGCGCGAACGAAUUGCAAAAAUUUCGACAUUAUCAUUAAAAGGAAAAUUUAGUCGAAAACUUAUCGUUUUUUAUUCCGACCUAUAUUCCAGAACAAAGUUACGGAACACCGGUAGUAGUUAACCUACCAGAUUUUAUUAACAAUGGCAGCUUCACAGUUUGGUACAAAAUGAUAAACAUAAUUCUUUGAAAGAAAACAAUUUAUUGCAAUAUAUCACAAAAUGAUAGGACGAUACAUAAGAAAAGUUUUGCAAAAUAAUUAUAGUAAUAUUUAGAGAGACCUACUUUCCGUUGCAGGGCGUCCAUUAAUGAUUUUAGAAUUGUUUUAUAUAAUUCUUUCAAUUUUCUUUUCACUGCAUGAAUGCGAAAAUAGAUAACCAUUUCUUUCUACCGUGUACUUUUCGCCAGCCAUGAAUUCAUAGAUAGCAAACUCUAUUAAAAAUAACAGCGGUAAUAAUGAUAAAGUUGCAUUUUUUCUAAAAACCGUCCAUUAUUGGAGCAGUUGAAUGCUCAUGCAAUUAUAUACUUUAAUUCGUAUUGAAACGAGCAAAAACAUUUCAAGUAUCCUAUCAUUUUGCCCGAGCAAUUUAAGCUUUUUUGUAGUUCGCGUUUAGUGUACGCUCCCGAUUAGGUAACAUACUACUUUCAGUUUUACUAAAUGAACAAAUAUAUAAUAUAAAGGAUCCUAACAUUUUGUUCUAAGGUAUGUUCGAUCAGGUUCACAUGUUGUAUCAUUUUAAAAUUUCGUUUUUGGAAUUUUAUUAACGAAAAUUUUAAUUAAAAAAUUAAAUUAAAAAAUUUCAAAUCAUUC